UCUCCUCUCCCCUUCCCAUUUCCCUCUCUUUCCUUUUUUUUUUCUCACUGGACGCACAAUAAUGUUACUGUGCAAAAUCAAAUAAUCGCCGGGUCACACGCACACGACGGGGGAAAAUCGUGGGGAAGCGGCUGGACCGCCGCGCCGACGGAAAACCUGUUCUUAAUAUUCCAUCCAGUGUGAUUUCGAAGACUUGCCUCUUAUUCAAGACGUGGUGCAACAAUGGGUCGAAAGAAGAUUCAGAUUUCACGUAUCACGGACGAACGGAAUCGUCAGGUGACCUUUAACAAACGGAAAUUCGGCGUGAUGAAGAAGGCGUACGAACUGUCGGUACUGUGCGACUGCGAGAUCGCGUUGAUUAUCUUCAGUUCGAGCAACAAGCUAUACCAGUAUGCGAGCACCGACAUGGACAAGGUUCUCCUCAAGUACACCGAGUACAACGAACCCCACGAGUCUCUCACUAACAAGAAUAUUAUCGAGGCGCUCAACAAGAAGGAACAUAAGGGUGCCAUGUCUCCAGAGAGUCCGGAACCCGACGCAAUCGAAUAUAAUCUUACCCCGCGCACCGAGGCCAAAUAUACGAAGAUCGACGAGGAGUUUCAGAUGAUGAUGCAGAGGCAUCAGCACAAUGGCAGCAGGACAAUGGGACAAUCGAAUUAUACGCUACCGGUAUCUGUACCAGUGAACAGUUACGGCGAAUCUCUUCUUGGAUCUAGUCCACAGAUGGCACAUACCAGCAUUUCUCCACGUCCAUCGUCGUCUGAGACGGAUUCAGUAUAUCCUCCGGGAGGAAUGUUGGAAAUGAGCAAUGGCUAUCCUCCGUCAUCACCAUUGGGUGGUUCACCUAGUCCAGGACCUUCGCCCGCACUCGGAGUUGGUGGGGGUAGUGCAAAUAAAGGCAGCAAUCCGUCUAGGCAUUCGCCGCAACCUCCGCCUCCACCGCCACCACCUCAUCCUCACAGGGCUAAUCUUCGAGUGGUUAUACCAACACCACUUGCGCAACCUCUCUCCGAAGACACUAAUUAUGAUAAUGCCCAUACGCAGUCUGCAUUGAACACACCUGUAGUAGCAUUACAAACACCAACAGUACCAGCCGGAUACUCUAGUUUUGGACCAACAGAUUACUCCUCGGAUCUCGGAGGCCUUGCAUGGCCCACUCAUCAGAGGUACGUUGUUGAUGAGUUAUAUUCGGCAGCCACCAUGUCCAGCAUCAGUGGUCUUCCUCACCUAGCUGUAUCGAGCAGUACACCACCACCAUCCACAUCGCCUUUACCUGUAAAGAUAAAGAGUGAACCGAUAAGUCCACCCAGAGAUCCGCAUGGUAACAGUGGGUCUAAUGGUGGACCCAGUAACGCCAGCAAUCUACACCAUACAAACUUGAAUGUCGGUCCAUCGUCCAGUACUGGUCCACCGCCACAUCACGUGUCUCAUCCGGGACCUCAGACACUGAACUUGGUAUCGAGCAGACCGAGUAGUAAUCCACCUCCGUCCCACUCGGGUAGCAUAACACCGACAAAUCUACCGUCGCCGGGAAGUGGUACAGUCGGUGACAUCAGAACGAAUCAUUCUAGCGGCGGGAAUGGAGGGAACAGUUCAGACUACGAGAAUGGACCGCUCAUGAAACGCUCGAGAAUCACGGAAGGUUGGGCGACUUAAUGUCGAUUAAAUUGUUGCACUCAUCAGUUGUUUGAUACCUCCUCGACGUACAACGGCAUAUAAGUGCUUGUGAGUUCCAGUAUAAUUAAACAAACUCCUUUUAAACGUCUUUGAAACGCGUAUUUCGUACUAUCGCGAUAACGAUAGCUACGUGAUGGAUACGCUUCCGCCGUUACUAGCGGAGUGGAAAAAUCUGUUUAUAUUUUGAAGCUGACACAGAAUAUACAUUUAUUUGAAGAAAAAAAAAAAGAAAAUACG